AUGGCGCGGGGCGUGUUCGUGUCUGCGGCUAUAUUGCUGGUUUUGCUGCAAGCGGCAUGGGCCCAUUAUACUUCGACGUGGGCUGUUCACAUCCCCGGGGGGAAGGAUGCUGCGGAUGCCGUCGCUGCGGACCACGGCUUCGUCAAUCUUGGACAGCAUAAAGUUGGAAAGGCGAUCUUAAAAAGAAAGAAGAGUUUCUUGUAA